AGGCAUCGGUGUCCAACAGAACCGGCUUCCGCAUGACGUGUGCCGCGCGACUAAUGGACCGCUUCGUGCCAGUAACGUUCCUCGCGUCGCGGUAACAGGUGCGCUUAAACCUCCUGCGCUGUUCUGUCGACCUGGUACUUUUACGAAACGUCUAUAACCUAAAUACGAACUUUGUGUCUGUGUUUGUGUUUACAAGUGAUUAUUAUUUCUUGUUACAUCUUCAUGGAAAAGGUCACCAGUACGCCUGCCCAGCCUUAGUCUGUAUUCAUCACUGCCAACUAUUCCGCCCUACAGCGCGCUUAAUGCCGCCAUGCUAGACAAGAUUUAUAUUAAUUAUAAUAAGGAAGCUCAAGGGUAUAGAAAAUUUGAGAGGUACUGGCGCACGUGACGUCGACGGGAGCGCAAGGAGGGCGACAUGAGCCAGUCGCAGGACGAGGCCCGCGCGGCCAGGAUACAGAAGUAUAAGGAGGAGAGAAGAAAACAGCUGACGGCUAGAACAGCGACGCUAUUUUCUGCCAACGUCACUGAGAGGCGCACGAAAAAAUCAGCUGAACUGAUACCCUCAGAUGAUGUUGGUGCUCAUCUCAAGUCUUCCUCGGAGCUAAAUCUUAACACAGCUUCAACUUCAGUGCCUAUUAGAACAACGCGUACCUCACGUCUUAGAGCUGCCGCCGCCAACCUUUCCGAUACCUCGCCGUCUCCAAGAAAAUCUAAUAGAAGUUCAUCUGUCCAAUCAUUACUUGAAGACGCCAAAACCAGAUCACCCAAAAAUUCCAAGUUACUAGAUAGAGAUAAACGAACGAAUAGAAGACAAAGCAAUGAAAAAGAAAACUUUAAGAGCUCGUCUUCGACGCGCUCGGAUAAAGAUUAUGGUGCUAUUAAGACGAAAUCGAAACAUUCCAUUAAUAAAAAUAAUUUAGAAAAAGACAAAAAUAAUUUUAUAGUGACUAGUCCUAAAGGAAAGAAUGUCGAUGAGAAGCGCAGUUCUAAAUUAGAUGAAAGUAGAAACACGAAUUCCAUAAACGAAGAAAAGAAAACGAAUAGUGAGAUAAACGAAAGAAAACACGAAAAACCGUUACGAGUCAAUAGUGAGGAGUUUUUUAACGAUAUUGUAAACGAUAAAGACAUGUCUAAUGGUAUAGAUGAAGAUAAAAUCGACGAUUUGUUUAAUAAUCUUGUUGUUGCUGAUGUUGAAGUCCAAAAUGGCAUCAGGUUUGACAAGAUAGAUCAGAUUCUGGAGAGUGAUGGGCUCAAAUAUAGUCACAAUAGUUGUAUUCCUGCCGCUGAUAAAGCAAUAGAACUUAAUGUUGAUUAUGUAGAAGAUAGUGUAGUGCCAAAAGUGAAAGAGGACGUUGGAGGCUUGCUAGGGGCCGUGUGUGUGCGCAAAGUGGAAAGGUUCAGUGAAUUGCUCAGCAACUUGUGUUCGCCAUGCGAGGCGGACAUAUUGUUCGAAGAUAUCUUGGUGGAAAAUGGAAUCGAUGGUGAUAAACAAGUGCGUACGAAUGGUCCGGAGUGUACGGCUCCGUGCCGGCGCGCGCAGCCAUCCCCACGAACCACCAGCACGCCCAAGCGAACUCCCGCGCAGCCAAUUGUCAACAAUGAUGCCGCCGGAAGUGUCGCAAAACCCAGAUCACGCCGGUCCCUUGAAGCACCACACUCCAAGACUGAAAGCUCACUGCCGUCUUCCAAAGUAUCUCCUAAAACUACUUUAAACUUAUCUUUUGGAAUCAAAUCGACUCCACUUAAGUCUUCACCUCCAAAUUCCACUCCCCAAAAGACUUAUGACAGGCGUCGAAGUCCUGAUUCUGGUUCAAAACCUAGUUGCAUACCUCUAUCCAAGAAAUCCACUGAUCGAAAUUUGCGGACAUCUACAUCGCCAGUUAAGCAGGACUUAACCCGAGACACAAUUUCAAGCAGAUCGAAAGCAGAAACGCCUAGAAAUAGAUCAACUCGCAGGAGUCCAGAAAAAGCCAAGAGUGAUACAGAAAACAAUCGUAUUGAUCGAAGACAUCGAGCUCAAAAAGAUAGUGAAAGUCUUAGCGAAAAAUAUCAUUAUUCAAAGAAAAGACUGACUAGUUUAGAAAAUAAUUCUCCAAGAAAAUCGAAUGAGAAAAACGUUUCGCCUAAAACUCUUUCGAAUGCUACUUCCCGAGCUAACCAAGAACCAAACUUAAAUGCUUGUGGACUAGAAAAUUCUAAAGUUACUAAGAUGUCUACACUUCACGAAACUGUUAGACCGCAUAGUUCUAGACUUUCUCAGGAGAUGGACAGCUUAGCUGCAUUGACUAAACAGACAUUAGAUAGGGUUAACAAAUUGUCGAAUAACUUAACUAGUAAUAAGAUAAAUUUAGACACACCUGAGCCUCGUUUUGACUCCAUAUUCGCACCCAAAUCUGAACUAAAACAUAACAAUCACGCAUACAACUAUGGUUUAAUUAAUCACGAAAGGCCUGUACAUAACAGAGGAGUAACAGAAAGGUUAAGAGAUAUAGACACGGCAGCUCAGAGACUGAUUGAUUUUGAAAAGCAAAGUGCAAUGUUUUCUGAUCUCAAUAACGAUACGUCUAGUCAAAGUCGCCGUCUUGAUACUUCAUCAACGUCCUGUAGUCAUACGCCAGUGUCUAUUUUAAAAAGAAAAUCUAUUCACGAAGACAGUGCCGCAUCUAAUACUACUAAUCAAGCAAUCGCAUCCCCUCCAGUUACAUUUUCACCAAGCGUUGUCGAACCACGGAACGGCCGGUCUGAAAGCCGACAGCGACAAGGGAUACUAAAGAAACGUCGCAGCUUAGACGAGUCGCAAGUAGCUCGAAGACGAUCUUGCAGUCCUGAAGUGUCCUUUGCUGAAGAUGGUUCUUUAGAAACAAACAAAUCCAUUUUGAAAAAUAGGAGAUCGUCUUUAGAAGAUGUUGUGCGGAACAGAUCACCAGACGGUCAAAUUCAGGGAAUACUUAAAAGAAAAAUGAGCCGAGAAGAAGAACAUCACGCCGACGAUCUGUCUCAAAGUUCGCCUGAGCCCCAUGGCAUACUGAAACGAAAAUCUAAUUCUAGUUCAAGUAGCAGUACUGCAUCAUCUCAUGUUUCUAUUGCUCAAGCUGUGUUAUUAGCAGCAGCAGGUGGUGCAGAAAUAGUAGAUGACGAUAAAGAGAUUGUCAGACCAAUAUUAAAGAAAAAGAGUUUUUCAGAAGAACGACCAUCUCCAGAUGUUGUGCUAUCGGAUACACCCAAACCCAUACUUAAGAAAAAAUCGACCGAAUUUGAUGAUUACGAUUUCGACCUGCCUAAAAAGCCGAUUCUGAAGUCAUCGAAAAAGUUGUCUGGAGACGAAGGACAUGCUUCUAGUUUCGAUUUGAGCGAAGACGACCGAAGCUCCCGAAGGCCUUCACUCCUACGUUCCAGGACAUCUGACCAUUCAGGAUCGGAGUGUGAAACAGCAGUAAGACCUAUUUUAAAGCAGAGAGGUUCGAGUUUGACUAGGGAACGCAGCCAAUCCCCGCGCCCACGGCUCUCUUUUUGCGCGGACAACGAUGCGAACAUUAUUAGUGUGACGAAUUUCAGUUGCGACGCGAACGACUUGUCGGCGGCUGGACCGCGGCGAGUCUUGAAUCUCGCGCCCGCGCCUAACCCGGAAGAGAGCUAUCCGAGUGCAGUGCUCCGCCGGAGGAAUCUCCGGCCGAAGACAAACCCUCGGUCUAAAAGUCUCGCGUGUGAUGUGAACGAUGAGUUGUUAUAUAUAUUGAACAACCGACGGCAAAAAGUUGAUGAGAACUGUGAAAACGGAUUUUGUGAACCUUGGGACAGCGCGUUUAACGACGCGGUAGGGGACGAAAGUAAACCCAAAUCGUUUCCAUCAAUUGCUUCCAGAAUUAAAUCCAUGGAGCAAGCACUGACUAAAGACCUUUCACCCAGAGACCAGCCUUCUACUUCUAAAGCAAGAACUCGUGACAAGGAACGCUACAAAACUCAGCCUAUCACAGUGGAAGAGAUGCGGUCGAUAACAUCCAGUUUGGAACCGGGCCAAGCGCGUUUCCCAGCGUUCGGCCCCGCGGGCUGUAGUUUUCCGAGCCGACCCGUCGAGUCCGGUAUUGCUCCCUCUAUCAGGGGCCCUUAUCCCCUACCAGGGGAACCCGAACCAGAUCCCUUCGCAGACUUCGCGCAGGCAUUGGAAUCGCCACCGUACGGUGUAAUCUCGUUCAAUGCCAAGUCUCCUACUACAGCCAAUGGGUUUUCUGACGGUGGUAGUACCAAGGACGACAGCUACGGUGAAGCAACAUUUCUAGACUUUGAAAACAUCGACGUAAAUUCUGGAAGGAAACAGUCAACGUUGGAUGAAAUUGAACAAGAAGUGAACAAAGUGCGCGUGGCGUUAGACGAGGACAGUCGCGUUCUAGAAGAAGACGAAAGGCAACAAGCCGAGGCCGACAACUGGAGCUUGAAUGUGUCGUGUGACAGUGGAGUGUAUAACCGUGCUUCCUCCAGAGAUUCCGGUCCACAUUCCGGCGAGGAGCUUGGCUUAAUUGAAAGCCAAGAGAUCAGGGAAAAUCACGCAACAAACAGUAGUAGCAACGAGUGGUCUUCUUCGUCUAUCGAGCGUGGUCUUCUCACCAUGGACCGUGAGAGGAAGUCCACCGAGAACGAGGCUCUGAGGAGUCCCGAAGAAGCAGGCAGCGAUGACGAGAACAGGGAACCAAGUGGAUUCGCGCUCGGUUUGGUCAAGAGUAACAGUGUCGUGGCUCGGGCCAGUAUGUGGCAACAGCUGCAGCAGCAGGCUAAAGGAACUCCAAAACCUCUGCUCCGUCACAGUCGCUCCAAGUUGAAGGAGGGACCUUCCGUGGCGGACAGGUUUAAAAGCCAGCCGAUAUCCUUCCCAGCGCCCGUGGUCAGUCCGAACGAGUCUACCGAUGAGCAAGCGGUCCCGCUGCCUCAAUCGAAAAGCACUGCCAACGUGCUCGACAGAGAUGAAGAUGAUUUGAAUGACGAUUCUCCAUCGGAGCGGGCUCAGCGUAUGAUAACGCCCGAAGUUAGGGGCAUUCUCAAGUCUGGCUCCACUGUUGUACCUUCCAGGCCCAAGACCUUAGCCAAGGGAGAAAGCUCAGAGGGCCUUAAGGACGAAGGCAUCGACAGUUCUUCAGACGAAGACUCAGUAUCUUCGAGCGUAUCAUCAUCAGAGAAAAGCUGCUCAUCGUCAGACAGCUCCGACGAGCUCCCAGACCCGAAACCUAGAAGAUUCCAACGUAAACCGAACAAAUUGAAAUCUUCUAGAACGGAAUCAGAUAUACCAAGACAUCCAGAAGCAUUCCCCUGCAAAAUCAAGUUACCAGGAGCGAAUGAAUUAAAGGAGAGGUUGACACAAGCCAAAAACCCCGAUGUUAAAAUCCCAAUGCUGGGGAAACUUGGCAGGAAACCUUCUGAAGAGGCGAAGAAGGAAGACGAUCAGACUCGAUACAGAAGAUUCGUUAAGAAGAUUGAUGAGCCUAUUCAAUUGGGCAAAUUGAGAAGGCCUGCUGAGAAAGUGCCACCACCACCUCAAGAAGUACCACCUCCAGUGCUGAAGAUAUCUGCGUUGAACCAGGCUGCUAAGAACAAGUUCUUCGGUCUGGACCCUGUGAAGAAGGAGAAGAGUAUUGACGAACUAACAGCUGCUGUCAGAAAAUACAUUCCUCCUGUGAGCAAAUCAGUGUCAUCCCACACGAUGGAGAUUCCGGGUUCAGGCAGUGACGGGGAAAGCAGUGGCGGUCGUGAGGUGCGGCACAUUAACACCAGAGGGCGACACAGGGUGGGUGGCGGUGUGCAACGCAGCGCCACACAUGCCGAAAUGCCGCAUAAGGGAGGAGGCACCAUUGCCGAGAGGCUGGCGGCUCUUCAAGCGGCGGGUGCUAACGAUUGGAGAGCGAGGGUCUGUCGACUGAGCCCCGAGAGAGAAGACUCCAAGGCCAUCGAGCGAGCCAAGAAUAGAAUCAAUGAAUCUCUUAAUUCAGUCGAUGACAGGAAGAAAAGCAUUGAUGACAACGAACUGGGAACCACAAACAUUCUAGCAGAUAGAAGGAACAAAUUGGAAACAGCUGCACAAGGCUGGCGCAAACGAGUUCCUCAGACCGACGCCUCUCUGUUCACCGUAGCUGGUCGAUUAGAGAGGGACAAAGUAGUGUCAGCGACUCCACCUCUCACUCCGCCUCCCACAGCCGCGCCUGUGACCGCCUCGCCUGGAAUACCACCGCCUAAUACCUUUAAAUCUCGUAAGCAAACUUCUCCCACUAAUGGAUUCGCUUCGGGUCCGCUCCGUUCAGCGUCGUGCGCCGUCGUGAGCGCGGCCGCCGUCGACCCGAAACCCAAAACUAACAGAAUUGACAGAGAAUCCUUCAAACGAAGCCAUUCUGUCAGUGAAAGUAUCAGUAGGGUGGAUGAGAAAGAUGAGUCCUGUGGUGCGGAAAAAACCGGCCAGCCGGUGCGUGUUCCCCGGACCGAUGACGAAACCUUCCAAGCUUUCUUCACGCCCGCCCUGCAGCAGGAGAGGUUGGCAGAAACCGAAGGUGUUGACGUCGACCUUGAUGCCAUUGACAGCGGGUCUAGGCAAUUACUGGCGAGCGAAUGGUCCCGUCGCGCUCGCGUUGGUCGGCGACACGCAGCGUCGCGCAACCCCCUCCGCGCCCUCGCAGCGCGCACCGACCUACGGGACGAAUACGUACCCCCACCACCAACGGUCAAACAGAACUAUGUCAUCGAGAAAUUGGCCAGUAAUGGCGGACUAGCAGCGGAGGCGCUGGCGGCGCUUGCUAGCAAAGAGGACUUCGCAGCAGUCGCGCUGCGCAGCGCUGCUACUGCGCCUACCACGCACGGCAUGCGACCCCUCAUGCUUCUGCAGGUCAAGGGGAGACGGAGGGUGCAGACAAGACUAGUGGAACCUGUCCACACGAGCGUCAACCGCGGCGACUGUUUUGUACUGAUCACGUCAGACCAGCUGUUCCUCUAUAUAGGACUCUACGCCAACGUUAUAGAAAAAAACCGCAGCACAGACAUUGCCAUGCACAUCCAAAACACAAAAGACAUGGGUUGCAAAAACUCUACGGGCAUCAUCAAAAUAGACGAACAAAUAAAAAACUUUAGUAACAAACAUUGGAACCAGUUCUGGUCUCUCCUCGGAGUGACCGAAAACGUUGAGAAUUACAGGCCAGUGGAGACAGGACACGCUGACGAAGACGAGAUCUUCGAGUCCUGCAUACUGCAGACCAACAUGUGCUACGAGGUCAUGGAUGACGAGCUCGUGCCCAUCAAGGAGUACUGGGGACAAGUGCCCAAGAUCGCUAUGCUCAACCAAACCAAAGUGAUCGUGUUCGACUUUGGCUCGGAAAUGUACAUCUGGUACGGCAAGAAUGUCCCCCUCGAGAGUCGACGCCGCGCGGCACAACUAGCGCAGGAAAUGUUUGACGAGGGGUACAACUACGAGGAGUGCCACAUCAACCCCUUGAAUGCAGCCAUGUACCAGGGCGCGCGGGAGGCUACCGAUCCUCCCCCAAAAUCUGCAAAGAGCCGACCAGAAUGGGCCAUCCUAUCCAAAGUUACGCAGCACAUGGAAACCAUUCUGUUCAAGGAGAAAUUCCUCGACUGGCCUGACUACACCAGAGUCAUCAAAGUAAAAACGCCCGAAAAUAAGAGCAACAGUGUCGAAAUCAACCCAUGUGAUGCCGAGGAAAUGUGGUCGAACGAGUACCAGGAUCCAGAUCUCAUUUUAGAAGGAUCUCACGUCGGCCGCGGCACGCACUACUACGACAAGGAGAACAUGAGGCAUUACGACAUCAAGACCAAAUCCGUGUGCAAGUGGGUGAUACAGGAGUACGAUUUCCAAAAAGUUGAGGACGAAUCCGAAAUCGGUGAGUUCUUCUCUGCCGACAGUUAUAUCAUUAGAUGGGAGUACCAGAUCACGAUGACCGGUCGCGAGCUGAACGGGAAGCCGUCUAAACAUAACGUCACGGGAAGAGACAGGUGCGCAUACUUCUGCUGGCAAGGGCGAGACGCCAGCUCCAACGAGAAGGGGGCCGCGGCAUUACUCACCGUGGAACUAGACAGGGAGAAGGGGCCGCAGGUCCGCGUCGCACAAGGGAACGAGCCGCCCGCCUUCCUCAACCAGUUCCAAGGGAAUCUAGUCAUCCACCAGGGCAAGAGAGGCUCGGACAAGAGCCGGUACCGACUGUUCGUGACUCGUGGCAACCUGUCCAACGAGGCGUACCUACUGCAGGUACCUUGCUCAGUGCGCCAACUGCGCAGUCGGGGCUCCCUGCUCCUGGUCGACACGGAGAAAGGAUGCCUGUACAUCUGGCACGGAGCCAGGAGCAUGAAGCAUACCAAGGACAUCGCCAUCGAGCUGGCCAAUAAGCUGAUAGCGAGGAAGUCGAGUUACUUGUUCGGCGAGAACGUGUCGGAUGUAAAGAUCACUGAAGUGCGAGAGGGCGAGGAGCCGAAGGAGGUCCUGGAGGCGCUGGGCGUGGCCAACAAGCAGCACUACACGUCGCUGCUGGGCGGCGCGGGGCGCGGGCCGGGGGGCGGCGCGGGGGGCACGCCGCGACUGUUCCACUUCACGGACCUGGGGGGGCAGUUCGAGGCCAACGAGGUGUUGUCUCCGCUGCGCCACGAGCAUCUGGUGACACCCUUCCCUUUUGACCAAAAGGAGUUGUACUCGGCUUCGCAACCAGCUCUGUUCCUGCUGGACGACGGAGUGUGUGUAUGGUUGUGGCAGGGCUGGUGGCCGCGCGGGGAGGACGGGGAACUCGAGCCUGCUGAGAGGAAUGCUGGUGUUGGAGCAUUUGCGGCCCGUUGGCAGGCUUUACGAGUAGCGGCCCUCCGUACUUGCGACGCGUACUGGCGCGUGUCACGGCCCGGGACUCGACCCGACGUCCGUCUAGUAGCUGCCGGCCUCGAACCACAGGCCUUCACUGACCUGUUCGAUACCUGGGUUGAUCAUGACGAGGCGGCCGAGGCCAAUAUCAACCAGGGGCACAAGGCGGGCGACGUGACGGGCGGCGCGGCCGAACUGUCGCGCCUCACCACCAGCGCCGCCGUCCUGCCGCUGGCCGCGCUGCAGCGCCGCCCCCUGCCCGACCAUGUCGACCCCCAUCAUCUCGAGAGACAUCUCUCCUCGCCUGACUUCCUGGAGGCUUUCGGCAUGACCAAAGAAGAGUUCUCGGUGCUCCCCGCGUGGAAACAGACUAACAUGAAGAAGGACGUGGGCCUGUUCUGACGCGCUCGUCCUCUCAACAACAUUAUUAUAUACAUUUUGUACAACCGCAGCUCUUUCGUACUUUUUUACUGAACAAUGUCGUCGAAGGAUUUGAUACAAUUAAUGUUAAGAGCACGCUUAUAUUCUAUUGUAACGUUUGUACUAACGGUAUGUAUGUACCUAACGAUGUAUUCGCGCUCGUGAUAUUUUCAUGUAACCGCCGUAGACUUAGGCAAGUAGUUGAUCUGAAGGAUUUGGAACUUGGAAUUGUUCAAAGUUGAAGAUGACGCGGUCGUCACAGCCGCACCCGCGUCCCAUGUUUGUAUAUACUUGUUUUAUUUGAUUAUUUAUUUCUUAACUAUCAUUUUUUUCUCAUCUAUUAUCAAUGUUUAAACUUUGUAUUUAAUUUUGAUGUAAUAUUUUGUAGUUUUAUAGGUAUAUUUUUACGUAACUCUGUCGGUGCGGAUGUGGCGGGCUGACUAUGAUAAUACUGGUGAUAUUUUUCGAUUCGAUUGUAAGACGCGACCGGGCGGUGCAUAGCGCCGGAGAGAGUAAUUUUGCUAUAUUAUUAAGAGAACGUAACAUUUAUGUGAAGGGCGCGCCGCCCGGCUGUGUCCUCGCGGAACGUUUUAGCAAAUGUCUGGUCAAGUAAAGGUUAUUUGUUAUAAACCGCUAGAUUUACACAAGUACUUUACUACUAUUGUAUUCGCUUUAGGAGUAGGCUUAUAUAGCUCUGUGGCGUUUGGAAUUGUGUACUGAUCGUAACUUGUGAUAUUGUUCAUUUGCGCUAAUCGUGUGCUAAAUUAAAUUCGUAGCAGACUGUUGUUGAAAUUGUUAGUAAGUAAUUCCAAUGGCACAGAGCAACUAUUAUGUAUAUUUUAACACAUCACAUAUCUUAUCUACUCAUUGCAUCUUUUUAUACUGUGCGUUCGGUGGACCAUGAUAAAGUUUUAAUAUGUAAUCUUACGGUAUUCCGGAUUGCGCGGCCCCCGUGCCUGCCAACGUCUUGCACUGUGACUUUAACAAUAUUUGUACUGACAUUUGUGUUGACAAAGCUCGGACGCCGGUGUCACGCCGGCGGGGCUCUCUCGCACUGUUUGUAAUUUAAUUUUGAAGCUGUUGGUAUGUUGUGUACAAUUUUAGAAGUUUAUUUUUUAUAUUCUAGCUUAUUGCCUAGCGUGGAACGUCGUUCGACGACUAUCUGGUUCGCGGAGGAGAAAUUGCCAGUACUAUAAAAAAUACUGCCAAUGAGUAGACUAACUCUACAGUCAUACUUUAGUUAACUAAAUACCACUAUUGUAAACUUAUUUUAUGUCCUAAAUGCAUUUACGGCCACUUUUAUCGUAGGCCUACGGUGACGUGAACAUCUCAAAUCCAAUUUUUAAUAUUUUGCUUUGGUUGUGUUACUUAUACCUAAAUAAUUAUUGUAUUUGAGGAUUAUUUUGUACUGUAUAAUAAAUGAUGUAAUAAAUUCUUAAAUUGAU